CUGCAUCUGUUUUCGGUACCCGCUGCUAGACCCUAUAAAAGCGUCCAGUUCAAAGCUGAGACAUUAAUCCACUCGAGCAAGGCUGGGCAACAACAACGGACGGCGCAGCCACCAGAGAUCACCGCGCGGCAAUCUGCAAGGAUCUAGAAUUCUUAAUCUUGGGACACUUAGAGAAUACUGAAAAUGCUGCAGAACCCUGUAUUGAGAACUGACUUUUUAAAAACAGUCUCCAGCCACCACUUGACAAAGCCCACCCCCAGCUUUGUGCACCGAGAGGAACUCGGCUCCAUCAUACCUGCCAAGGUUUCCUUCAGUAUCGACUCCAUUCUGACUAAACCGGAGUCUGAGCGGCGGUGCAGUCCUUUCCCAGAGCCCCCCUCUCUCAAGCACAGCAGCCUGGGCUGGCAGAGCAGGCCGGCCGCCAUCCCUUACCCAUUUUCUCUCGGAUACCUGCCUUACCAGGCAGGGCUUCUUUACGCUACUGAGCAGCACUACCAGCAAGAGGAGGUGCAGAAAAGAUGCGCGUACUCAUAUCCCGGCUGCUUUCAAAGAGGUUUGCAGACUUUCAGCCUCGAUUCUGUUUCAUGGAGAGCAGGCUCGUCCAAGAUGAAACGUGUGCGCACCGUAUUCACCCCGGAACAGCUGGACCGUCUUGAGAGGGAGUUUCUCAAGCAGCAGUACAUGGUGGGCACCGAGCGGGUUGAUCUAGCGCAGACCCUCAACCUCUCAGAAACUCAGGUGAAAGUGUGGUUUCAGAACAGAAGGAUCAAGUGGAGGAAGCAGAGCCAUGAGAAAAAGAAAGUGAAAAUGGCACAUCUUGGAGCCACUCUGCCCGACUUACACCUCGAAUCAGAAGAGGUGGCAGAGGAGGAAGAAGAGGAGGAUGAAGAUGACAUGAUUGAAGUUGUGUGACCGCUCCCCACAGCCACAGACUGGUCAAGUUCAGCUUCUGUACUGGGAGGAUGAUUAAUACCCUCUCCGAUCAACAAAGGCUGCUGCAUGACAUGGGGUGGGAUUUCUAAGAAACGUGCUAUUGUGUGUAUAUGUAUAUAUAUUGUAUUAAUAGUCAAAAGACAUAUAUAACCAGCCUUGGUGUUAUCUGUAUACAUAUUGUUGUAUUUUUUUUUUUUUUUUUUGUCAUACUGUAUGUGUAAUUUAUUUGAUAUCCUUUUGUGCCAGGUAAUAUAAUUGUUAUAGCUAAAUCAUUAUAUUUUAUAUAAGAUCAGCAAUAAAAUAAAUGCAUUCUAACUGAUGUUUAAAUCAUG